UUGCCACAUCAUAACCUGUCAAAACCCACUGAAACCUCCAUGCGGUAGAAUCGACCCUUAGAUAACCAGUUUUACUCAUAUUGGUAUUGUAAGUUGCCUACCAUUAACGUCAAUAUAUCUGUCAAAUUUUAAAUUUUCUUUUAUGUCAAUAAUUCAAAAUACACGUGGGGUUUUUGUGAGAAAUUAUUGUCAUAUUGAAAAUGUUAAAAAUGAAUCAGUUAAAAAAUGCAGAAGUAUUGUCUUUGGAUACUACUAAACAGAAGGAAGUCGUAAAACAGACAAAAAAACUUAAAAAAAAGAUCAAAGAAGGUACAAUUGCCAUUAAGGAAACUAAAAAACCUGGCAAAUUUAACGUGGAACAAACUAGAGGCUUGAUCUACAUAUCUCAUCUCCCACAUGGUUUUUAUGAGGAUGAGCUUAAAAACUAUUUUAAACAAUUUGGGAAGGUAACAAAUGUUAAAGUAUGUCGUUCCAGCAGAACAGGAAGAUGUAAAGGAUAUGGUUAUGUUGAAUUUGCACAUCCUGAUGUGGCAAAAAUUGCUGCCGAUACAAUGAAUAAUUAUUUGAUGUUUAAGAAACGAAUUACAGCUGAAUUCGUGCCAUAUGAGAAACGUCCCAAAUACCUAUUUAUUGGAAAGAACACCACCUUGAACCGAUUUUCGAAGAAAAUCAGAAGAGAAAAGCAACGUCUGGCCAGCCUAAAAGUAGAUGAUAAAACUCACCUGAAAAGAACAAGCUCACGCCUUUCAAAAUUACAUAAAAAAAUAGAAAGGCUUCAAGAACUGGGAGUUAAAACAACUUAUACACCAGAGAAUUUAGCUGUGAUUAAACAAGAGGAUCGGCAUCCAUCUUUGAAUCAAAUUUAUCCAGUUGAAAAGACAACUGAAGGCACUAAAGUUUCUAGAAAAAAGUCUUCAAAAUCUAUUGAAAAAAUAAAAUCAGUAGUAUCUCUACCUGAAAAUACAAAGAGGAAAUCUACAGCAGUGUCAAAAUCAAAAUCCUUAACAGCUGUAAAAUCGUCAAAUAAAAUUGGAGGAGGUGACCAAACUACAAAGGUCGAUGUAGCUACUUCUCCAAGUGUGAAGAAAAAUAAAAAACAGAAGAGCAAACUAACCAAUGGUGGUAUAGGUAAAAAGAGCAAGCAGCUAGCACCAUUGAAUAGUGAGACUGUUAGAAAAAUUGCUAGAGAAUUGAUAAGAAAACGUGGUGAUUCAUUGUUGACUUACCCUGUCAAUGUGAAAGACAAGUUAAAGAAAAAAUCAUUAAAAAAGUAGUUACAAAAAUAUUAUUUCUUGUGAAAAAUCUUGAAAUAUACAAUAUUUUAAAAUGGCGUUGUUUGUUAUUUGCGUUUUGAAAAAUGAUAAAACAAAUGUUUAUUUUUAUAACCC